CUUUCUCUUCCAUAUCUGACCCUUCUCUGCUACUAUUAGCCGCGUUGCAGAAAUGGAUAUCUAUAAAGGUUCUUGAUUUUCACUCCCUUCUUUAUUUUUUAUUUCCUUUCGUUCUUCUCUAGCUUCAUCUACUGAUCCUUUUAUUCAUGCUUUAGAUAAACACAUUCUAGUAUAUUAUCUGAUUUAGGUAGUUUACCGUUUAAUUUCUUCUCUGUAUAUGGUUGUGGAUCCAAGCUUUUCUGGAUUACCCUACUUCGUAAAAGAUAUCAUGGUCCCUGGCCAUACGGUCUUACCCAAUUCCAAUUACUCCCGGGACCUUUAUUUCCUCGGAAAUGCAUUUCCUCCACCUGCUCUUCCCCCGGCGGCAGAGCCAUAUGCUCCGUCCGCCGCUGCUGGUAGCUUGAGGCCGACGUCUAUGGGUGCGAGUCCUCCCUCGGACUCGUCCUCGGACGAAAGCGAGUACUCGGAAACGGUUCUCAAGUUCAUGACCCAGAUACUUAUGGAAGAUAACAUAGAGGACAAGCCCUGCAUGUUUUUCGAUCCUUUGGGUCUGCAAAUCACCGAGAAAUCGUUCUAUGAUGCUCUCGGUAAGAAAUAUCCUCCUACUCCCAAUCAAUACAAGCCGCCACCUUAUAUCACUCACAAUCCCGAUACUAAAAACAGGAGUCACAAUGGUCCCAAAAGUAAUUUUACAAACACCGAUCCUCAGUGGCUUGGUCAUCUUGGGGAGUACAACUACUCUUUUUCACAAGCAACUCUCCCUGGUCAGUAUGUUUCCCAGCCCGAUUUGCAGUCCAAUAGGGAGUCACAGCCUUUCGCCAAUCCGUCGAAUGGUGUGUCUACCAUUGGUGAUGGGCUAGAGCUUUUGACUCGGAACUUUUUUACUGAUACUGAAUCUAUGUUGCAAUUUAGGAGAGGGUUAGAAGAAGCUAGUAAGUUCCUUCCUGGGAGUAGUCAGAUGGUUAUUGAUUUGGAGAGAAGCAAUAUAAGACAUGGAUACAACCCUGGAAGUUUCAGCAAGGUGUCACAACAGUGGGAGGGAGAGGGUCAAAAGGUGGAGAAGAGUGAGAGGGGAAAUUUGCUGAUUGUGUCUAGGGGAAGGAAGAAUCAUGAGAGGGAAGAUAUAGGUUUAGAAGAAGGGAGGAUUAAUAAGCAGCCCGCGGUUUCUGCAGAAGAGAACGAAUUAUCCGACUUGUUCGAUAAGGUUUUGCUUUCUACUGAUGCACUUUCUACAUUAGGGAGUGACAAUAAGGUCGAGCAGAAUGAAGCAAGCAGUGCCUCGUAUAGAUAUCAACAGCCACAAGAAGCUAAUGGUGGCAAGAAUCGCACAAAGAAACAGAGAAAGAAGAGGGAUAUAGUUGAUUUGAGGACUCUUUUGAAUCUAUGUGCACAAGCUGUUUCAGCAGGUGACAAUAGAACUGCUAAUGAGUUACUAAAGCAGAUUAGGGAGCACUCAUCCCCUUUCGGUGAUGGGUCUCAGAGGUUGGCCCAUUUCUUUGCUAAUGGCCUUGAGGCACGCUUGGCUGGUACUGGCACUGGAACUCAGAUUUUUUACACAGCUUUAGUCUCUAAGAAGAUCUCAACUUAUGAAAUAAUAAACUCUUAUAAAGUUCAUCUUUCUGUCUGCCCUUUCAAGAGGAUCUCAGUAUUCUUUGCUGACCAAAUGAUUUAUAAAGUAGCAGAGAAAGCAACUAGUCUUCAUAUAAUAGACUUUGGUAUCCAAUAUGGUUUCCAGUGGCCAAUUCUGAUACAGAAACUCUCUAAAAGAUCUGGGGGACCUCCCAAACUACGGAUUACAGGCAUAGAGCUUCCCCAACCUGGAUUCCGACCAACAGAGACACUCGAGGAGACUGGUCGUCGCUUGGGAAAGUAUUGUGAGCGGUUUAAUGUUCCUUUCGAGUACCAUGUCAUUGCAUCACAAAACUGGGAAACUAUCCAAAUUGAGGACCUCAAGAUUGACGGGAAUGAGAUGCUUGCUGUGAACUGUUUGUACCGGUUUAAAAACUUGCUUGAUGAGAUAUUUGAAGUAGAGACCAGUCCUCGGAAUGCAGUUUUGAACUUAAUCAGGAGGAUGAAUCCCAAUAUUUUUGUAUAUUCAGUUUGUAAUGGAGCCUACAAUGCUCCCUUCUUUGUCACAAGGUUCCGAGAGGCACUCUUCCACUUCUCUGCGCUGUAUGACAUAUUUGAAGUUACACUACCCCGGGAAAACAAAGAGAGGUUGUUGUUUGAGAGAGAGUUCUAUGGGAGGGAGGCAAUGAAUGUCAUAGCAUCUGAGGGCUUGGAGAGGGUUGAGCGGCCAGAGACAUACAGGCAGUGGCAAGUCCGGACGAUGAGGGCUGGUUUCAGGCAACUUCCGUUGGACAAGGACAUUGUGAACAUAUUAAGGUCUAAGUUGAAGGAAUGGCACCACAAGGAUUUUGUACUUGAUGAAGACAACCACUGGAUGCUUCAGGGAUGGAAGGGUCGGAUUGUCUAUGCUUCCUCUUGCUGGGUGCCGGCUUAGGAAUCUUGCAAUGGGUGUUUGUGAACAAUCAAGUGCUGAGCUGGUGAUCAUACUUCUAAUUAAGUACUUUGCAAAUGAUAAUUCUCGUACAAUUUUCAAUGUCUUCCUCUCUUGCAAGUUUACCAUGCAACCAUAUCAACAAUUGCGCGUAGUUUUAAAAAAUAUAUAUUUAUAUAAUUUAUAAAUUAUUAUUUGAAGUUAUUGCAUAGACGUUUAUAUAGAGAACCUCAACUUGGUUAU